AUGGCUUUGGACUCGUUGGACUUGUACGUGGUGGUUGUGUUGGCCGUCGCCGUGGCGGCCUACUACUUGAAAGACCAGUUUUUCGCAAAGUCGGAAACGUCGGGGUUUUUGUCGAAUGAUGCCGCCUCCGGCGGCAUCAACUCGAGAAACAUUGUCGAGGUUCUCGCCAAAAACAACAAGAAUGCCCUCUUGUUGUUUGGCUCGCAAACAGGCACCGCCGAGGACUACUGCAACAAGAUGUCGCGCGAGUUGAGCUCGAGGUUUGGCCUCAAGACGAUGGUGGCGGACUUUGCCGACUACGACUGGGACAAGUUUGAGGAGAUUAACGAGGAAACGUUGGUCUUUUUUUUGAUGGCCACUUAUGGCGAAGGGGAGCCUACCGAUAACGCUAUUGAUUUCAUUGAGUAUUUGGAUAACGAGGCUGACUCGUUGAGCAGGGUCAGAUUCACCGUGUUUGGCCUUGGUAACUCGACCUACGAGUUUUACAAUGCCAUUGGCAGGAAAGUCGACCAGAAGUUGGAAGAAAAGGGCGCCGAGAGGUUUGCCGAGUAUGGCGAAGGCGACGAUGGUAAAGGCUCCUUGGAUGAAGACUUCUUGACUUGGAAAGACGGCGUGUUUGACUCGUUGAGAAACAACUUGAACUUGGACGAAAAGGAGUUGAAAUAUGAACCUAGUGUGAAAUUGACCGAGCGUGACGACUUGUCAAUUGACAAUGAAUCGGUUUCCUUGGGUGAACCAAACAAGAAACACAUUGCUGGUAGCGUCGAAUUGACCAAAGGUCCCUUUGACCACACUCAUCCGUAUAUUGCCACAAUUACCCACUCCAAGGAAUUGUUCAAGUCAAAAGACCGCUCAUGUGUCCAUGUUGAAUUCGACCUUGGCGAGUCCAACUUGAAAUACUCCACCGGUGACCACUUGGCUGUGUGGCCUCAAAACUGUAACGAAAAUAUCGAACAGUUUUUAAAAGCAUUUGACUUGACUUCAAAAAGGGACACCGUUUACGACUUGAAGGCUUUGGACUCGACUUUUCAGUUGCCAUUUGCCACUCCAAUCACUUAUGAAGCCACCGUGCGCCACCACUUGGAAAUCAGCGGCGCCAUCUCGAGACAGUUUUUCCUUUCGAUUGCCGCAUUUGCCCCCGAUGAAGAAACCAAGGCCAAAGUCACCAGCUUGGCCAACGACAAGACCAAGUUUGCCGAGGCUGUCACCCACCAAAAAUACAAUAUCGCCGAUGCAUUGUUGAAGAUCUCCAACGGCAAACCAUGGCGCAACGUUCCCUUUGAGUUUUUGAUUGAAAAUGUCCAGCAUUUGACCCCGAGGUACUACUCCAUCUCCUCGUCGUCGUUGUGCGAAAAGACCAAGAUUGACAUCACCGCCGUGGUUGAAUCCGAAGUUGAAAGCGAUGGACGUGUUAUCACCGGUGUUGUGACCAACUUGUUGAAAAACAUUGAGUUGCAGCAGAAUAAAUCUAGUGCAAAACCACUCGUUAGUUACGACCUCGAUGGACCAAGAAACAAAUUCAGCAAGUUUAAAUUACCCGUGCAUGUGAGACGUUCCACGUUCAAACUCCCCACUUCGACCAAGACCCCCAUCAUCUUGGUUGGCCCCGGUACGGGAGUCGCCCCCUUGCGUGGCUUUAUCCGAGAACGAGUCCAACAGGCCAAGAACGGCAUGAACGUGGGCCCCUCGCUCUUAUUCUACGGCUGCAGAAACGAAAACGAAGACUAUUUGUACCGCGACGAGUGGCCCGAGUACGCCAAGACCCUAGGCUCCAAUUUCGAGAUCUCGUGUGCUUUCUCGAGACAGGACCCUAACAAGAAGGUCUAUGUCCAGCACAAGAUCUUGGAGCAAGCGCACAAGAUCAACAAGUUGUUACAGGAUGAAGGCGCGAUUAUUUAUGUGUGUGGAGACGCGGCGCACAUGGCGCGCGACGUGCAGGCUUCGUUUGCAAAGAUUAUCGCGGAGGAGCGUGGUGUUGCUUUGGAGAAGGCUAAUGAGUUGAUUCGGAGCUUGAAGGUGCAGAACCGGUAUCAGGAGGAUGUGUGGUAG